AUGGAGAACAUCGCAAACGUGCUGAAGCAGAACACCGAUGUGCAGAUGUUCAACUAUGCAGGGGCAGCAGUGGCUUUGGCGGUUACUGUAGAUUACGAAAUGGAGAACAUCGCAAACGUGCUGAAGCAGAACACCGGUGUGCAGAUGUUCAAUUGUGCAGGGGCAGCAGUGGCUUUGACGGUGUCUGUGCACAUCAACCAGAACUAA